AUGACAGCGGAGGCCUUGCUACAAAAUGGGAAGGCAGCGGCAGCAGCGGCGGCGGUCAUGAUUCGCUGUCACUUGCUCGCCUGCCGCUUCCCCUUCUCUGCCGACUCCCGCCGCCACUCCUCCACCACUGCCAUGGCCGGCGCCGCCCCUCCGUCCGAUCCCGCCGCCGUCGUAUCCCAGAAGCGCGCGCUGCGGACGAAGAUCCGCUCCGCCCUCCGGACCCUUCCCCCGUACCAGAGGACCCAAGAAGGUCCUCGUCGUCGUCUCUCUCUCUCUCUCUCUCUCUCUAAUUCUCGUCGUCCUCAAGGUGCCGUAUGUUCUUCCGUGCUCUACGAGUGGAGGGAGGAUCGGCCCAUGUGUCGGAGGAUCUCACGAGAGUAAUCUUUCUGUGGAGAGAGAGAGAGAGAGAGAGAGAGAGAGAGAGAGAGAGAGAGAGAGAGAGAGAGAUCAAUACUUAAUCUGCGGUCUGAUAUUUUUUUUCUUUUCCUUAAACAUAAUUGUUUCCCGCAGAUGAUGCAAUCCAGGAUAUUGUUCUAAAUUCUCCGUGGUUCAAGUCGAGUAAGAGAUUGUGUGCAUACGUAAGCUGUGAUUCCCUGCGGGAAGUGGGCACAUCAAGAAUUCUGUCGGAAAUUCUUUCGCCAGCUGCUGGUAUGCUUUCCUCCUCGUCUUUUCUUGGGAUGUGAUCAUGCACAGUUCGGUUUAUUAUUCAAGAUAUAUAUCGUCGGAAAACAUGUCAAGUGUUCCACUCAGAAGAAGAAAUAUGCUCAUUUAUGAGCCAUCAAGCUUGGAUAAUGUCGCCGGGGAUGACCAGAUAAAUUGGUGGGAUUAUGAUAGUGGGAAAUACAUCAGACGGCUUGAUUGGCCAGUCUUGAUUCAAUCCAGCCAUUCGGGUCCAGGUGGGUUGUGUGGGAUUAGCUGGUGAUUGGGUGAUUCUGACCAAGCAAGGUCCUAGUUGGCGGGUUCUUGGAUGAGUCAGCCCUGAACCGUCCAAUUCUAGGAGAUACUCUAAUCUAUGACAACCCAUCAGUAGAGAACGGUUGAAAAUAAUAAAUAAAAAAAAAUCUUUUUGGGUCAUGUGGAAAAUCUUUUUGGGUUCUUGACCCAAUACGAAGACUCUCCUCUUAGGAACUCCUGAAAUCAUUUUAGAUCAGAAGGAACCGUGAUGAAAAGUAUAACCCUCCCUUCUGCAACCAUAUAGGCUUACUGCCCGGCAUCUUGAUGGCCGUAUCAAAGCUGCUGCCGUCAUCUUGGUUUAUGUUGAACAACGAAGAUCAAUUUUAUAAUUUUCUUAAAAAAAUCUGGGUCUGAAAAUAUUCAAAUGGCAGGGCAUUCAUUGCUGUCGCUUGGGUUUUACCCUGUUCUCGGUUUGGUAUUUAGAGGAGUUGAUCUUAAUUGGGUUCAUUCUCCAAAGAAACCCUCACCCUCACCGUCACCCUCACCUAUUUAUUUUAAAAAACUGAUUCUUAUUUCACCAAAUUCGGCCAACUUAUUUUCAUAAGUCAACUGAUUUAGCCUUCAAAACCUGCUUGCCUCGUUCUUCUUCUUCUUCUUCUCAAUGAUAUUGAUUUCUGGUUAUCUCUGCUUAAAAUUAUAAAUAGCCAUUGAAUGAUAUUCACGCACUGGAACCCUUUUAAAUGUUUUUGAUGCAAAUGCUUCCCCAUUCAGUAAUAUUUUUCUUGCUUAUGUUCUAGCUCAUCAUGAAAUGGUCAAAAGAUCCUAAACAUGGGAAGAUUAAGAUUUCCCUUCCCCCCCAAUGGAACUUCUUGGGGCGAAUGGCUGGAUGUUCUCAGUGGGUAUGCUGUGUCUAACCAUUCGUUUUCAAAAUUUUGUAGGUGACUCUCAGGGGAGGAAGAAGCUCUAUGUUCCUCGCGUCGAGGACAAGAACAGCCACAUGCGCAUGCUCCACAUAUCUCAACUUGAUGAUCUGGUGGCUAAUUCCAUGAAUAUAUUGGAGCCAUCUCCGGUCGGUGAUGAUGGCAAUCCGCGAGAAGAUGGUACGUCUCCGUUUGCUCUCACGAAGAACUCUUCUCUGUUUCCGAUAAUGAUUCUCUGAUAUCACUUUUUUUUUUGUUAAAUAUCAUCUCAAUUGAUCUUUCUAGCUCUUGUACAUUUUGACAAAAUUGUUUUUUUGUUAAAUUAUUUCAUCCUAGAUUCUUUAUGCAUCAGUUCCCAUCAGAAAGAGAGAAUGAAGUUAACCCACUGAUGAUUCUUCACAUCAUGAUUGAAAGAUCUUGCAUCAGUGUUGACUUACCGAAGGGGCAGGGGGGUUGAUUGUUGGAUGGAAUUCCUCAUGGCUAACGCCGCUGCAGGCUUAUCUGAUAAUGUGCAUCAUGUUUUCAGAGCACGGUUUUGAGAUACAUUUAAUUAUAUUUAUAAAUAACUUAAGAUAAUAAAUACUAAAGAUUCGGAAAAAUAAAUUAAACACAUGCAUGCAACUAUAGGACUGAUGUUCCCAUGAAAUUGAUACAAUUUUCUCAAUAAAUACAUAAGAUUAAACCCUAGAAUUAAUUGAUUGUUAAACAUUCCAGCUUCAUUUGUUGCUGGCGCUGACUUGGUUAUUGGAUCAAACAUCAAGCCCAUGAUGUCCAGUAUUCAACCUCAUGAUUUUUAAACAUAACUAAAAGUAGAAAAUUUUCUUGGCAUGCAGAAAUCGGAUCAAGAGUUCUUUUUUUUUAAUCCUAAAAUCACAAGAUAAAAAACAAUUUCUAUUUCUUUCAUUAAAAACAUUUCAUUAAUCGAUGGUUGGUGCACAGAGAUGUUUAUUUACGGAUUAUUUCCCUUGCAGUCAUGCUGGCAAGUGACCCUGUUGACUUGUUUCUUGUGCCAGGUAAAAUGUUAUUUAUUUAUUUAGCUUGCUAGUUGUAUUUUUCUAAUAUCUCCAUUUUCUGGCAGGACUUGCGUUCGACAGAUCUGGGAACCGCUUAGGGCGUGGAGGAGGGUAUGCCUUCCCUCCAUAACAUUCAUUUAAUUCUUCGUCUCAAGUAAUCUUCUCUUGUUACUUACGGGUAAUAUUUUAUUUUUUGAAUUAUUUUUAUAUCAUCUUAGGCCACCAUAAAAAAAAGGUUUAUCUGCUUGUGUUGACCUUUAGAACGGAGUCAGUUGACUUUAUGACGAGGACAUUAGAGUCAAUCACGCAUUGAGUGGGGGAAUGGCAUCUCAUGGACUUGGUGAAAAUGUGAUAGGAUUGUUUUCUUUUUAAGGAGGUUAUCGUAGGUCACUAAGUCCUAGUUGAUCUUUGACUUUUUUCGGUCAUGUCAACCGUUUUUCCUACUUUUUCUAGGAACAUUUAAGGCCUUUUUUUUAAGGACGUUCUUUAGGAGCAUUUAAUGGCCAAACUCCAGCCCAAAAUUUCUCCGGCUGUGUGGGAUCUCUACAUCAUCAAGAGUAGUGCAGUUGACCACAACUCUACUGUGACUACUCAAAAGGGGUUACUUCUUCCGUUGGUCAACGCUCGUUGACAACUGAUACUUUGUUGAUUUCUCUUAGAAAUCAACCACAUUCAUGGAAAGCUCUCUCACUAGGGUAGAGAUAGCAAGAUCUUAGAUAGCAGGCUGUAUGAAGUCAACGCCCACUUUUCUCUUAGGUUAGUGGAAGAAGUCAACAGUGAGAUGAAAGAAGAUGUGCUCGGCUGGCUUUCUGCUCUAUUUUUAGGAAGCCCGCCCGCCCACCAUGAAAAUUCCUGCCUGCCCUCUCAAGAUGACGUUGACCAUGGAUUCUUGCCAUCUUGUCAGCGCACAUUAUCUCCCCUAUUUCUUAUUUUUCAGGGCCUUUAUCGAAUUAAUUGAGUUUUUUUUCCUAUUUUUUGUCUUUUACUUCUCUGUUGGCAUGUUUUAAUCUGGAAGCUACUACGACACGCUCCUGAGGAGAUACCAAGCGCUCUGCGCGAAGAGGCAGUGUAAUCGCCCUCUUUUAGGUACGAAAUGGGCUCCUUCCACCGACCGUUAUGCCAUAAUUCUACCAUAAAUAACUUAUUUUUUUGGGUGGUCAACUCUUUUCCAAUUUCAAGUAAUUUCCCUUCUCCUUGACCCACCACCUGCAUAGUUGACCUUGGCGGGUAGGGCCCAUAAGGGGGUUUGAGGCCACUGCAGGAAAGGGGGGAUUAUCAUUAUUGGAAAAGAAAAUCACCGUAAUUAAGAUGAUAUUUUUUCUGUUCUUAAUUUGGCAGUCGCACUGGCGUACUCCGCUCAGGUUGUGGAUGAGGGAAUCAUCCCAGUGACUCUCCAUGACGUGCCCGUUGACGCUCUGGUCUCCCCCUCUGGUACCGUCCCCAUCAGCGCCGCCGCCCUCCAGAGCUUGGCCCCCAUGGGCGAAAGGUCAAGUCUUGGUUGA